AAACUGCAACAGGAACGCGUCAAUCGCUGGUGUUUCGUCUACAAUAUAAUACUAUGACUGCUUAUUGUGCGCUUUUUUAUUAUAUGUUUCAGAACGUUGUGAUUUUACAUUAAAUAGUUCAACAACAUUUCACACUUCCGUUUCGAAUCUGUCAACAUUUUGUUAUCUCCUUAUUCUUUACUAUAUUGGUGGUCCACAUCCCAUCAGAGUGCUAAUUCAUCCGCCCUUCUGUUUUUUAUAUAUAUAUAUACAAUAUUCGGUUUAUAUCACCGUCGAUUGUUAUUGACGUUUUCGAGACAGGCGAUAAAGAGGCGACUGGCGACUGUCGGACGCCAAACAGUUCUCGUCGUAAAAGUUAGCUAACGUUAGCGUUAGCGUUAGCGAAGCAGCCGCGGGGAUGGCAGAGGUUCCUGGGACGUCAAGUGAGACCAUAACCGAGACCGUUGAAACCAGCACGCCGCCGCCACCCCAGCAGGAGGGCCGCAGCCUGACAAUCAAGCUGAGGAAGAGGAAGACGGAGAAGAAGGUGGAGUGGUCCAGUGACACGGUGGACAAUGAGCACCUGGGGAGGAGGUCUUCCAAAUGCUGCUGUAUUUAUGAGAAGCCACGGCAGUUCGGAGAAUCGUCCUCCGAAAGCGAGGGAGACGACGACGACGACGAAGGGUGCGGCAGCGCACACUGUAUCCUUGGCCACGGUCGGAGGGAUCACGGACAGAGGGGGUCCGGGGGAGCCACGGUGCCCGCAAAUUCUGGAAGGUCUCAUGCUCACUAGGGGGCUCUGCAAAGGGGGAAGGGGGGCUGUAUUUGGGGCGAGGGGAAGGCUUCCUCAUCUCGGCAACGCCACAAAGCGACUUGAAGUUGAGCUCGAUGACAGAAAAGGACAGAAAGAUCCAACGCAGCCUUCAUGGUAUGCUACUGCCGCCCCCGUGGGGACUUCAUCCCACAUAUCCAUCGUGUCGCACACACCGCAUCUGUACAGCUCGCUACUCAGGUGUGUGGGGGGGGGGCAGUGACGGCCUUGAUGAUGAUGAUGUCCGCUCCAAUGAAAAGUUGCCAUCGUAGGCCACUUCCUCUAAAUCCGGGGCGUCCAUCUGUCCUCCGACGGCCGGCGGCACGCUGUAAAAAAUGAAAUGACAGGAAGCUGCAGUCGUGGUGGUGUUGUUGUUGUGAAGGUGCAUGACUGCUGGCUCAAGCUUCGUACCCAUAUCUCCACUCGGCACAACUCACGUGGCAUUUUUUUGAUGAUACUAUGUCCCACUUGCACAGUGAUUCACCAUCAUCAUCAUCAUCAUCAAAUGUACAUUGGUCUUGUACUGGUAAUGUGUAAAUACAAUAAAGCAUCAUACCAAGUGAAUGUUCAUUCAACGUUUUGAAGUGUGAGUCACGUCUUUUACUUCCUGUGCUUCAGGGGGAAAGAAACACGGAUACGCCACAUCGUGGAGUGACACCGGACAUCAUCACAGUGCUUUUAUUUCAUUAGGUUCCGGUCUGAAAUUAUGAACGACCCAUCUCUUCUAUCUCAGCGCUUCUACUUUCUCAUUGAUUAGCCUUUUUAGCGCUUCCAUUUUCAACUUGAUUUUGCUUUAAAAUGGUUGAUUUUCUUAUUUGUCAGGAAAAUGGAAUUAGCUAUAGUUUCAUUGAGGAUUUUUUGACAGUUUUUUAAUUGUUGGUGUUUCCAACAAUAAAAUAUGAGGUUAGUCUGCCUUCUUAGUACUAUUCCUAAUAAUACACUUGAUAAUAUUCCUGAUAAUGCCCCAAGUUGC